UUCUCAUGACAUCACUUUGUCGGGCUCAGUAAUCUGUGACUUCCACUGAGAAAGGAAUAAUAAGCGGACAAUCCUCGUUUUUGUUUCCAAGAUGGGGCAGCUAACGCUUCCAUCGGUGCUAGCCUGCGUCUGUGUGUUUGUCCAGAUCAGUGUUGGAUAUAUAGAGUCCCUGGCAGCAAACACAGACUUUCAGCGUCAUGACUAUAAGUUUGUUCCAAUGGUUGCCUUUAUGUGUAACAAGCCCACCAUGCACACAUCUCCGGUAGGCUGGCAGGCCGACUCUAAACAAGACUGUCUCCAUGAGCCUAAGGAGAUUCUUCAAUACUGUCAAAAGCUGUACCCCAAUAUGACCAUUACAAACAUUGUUGAGGACCAUGAAGUAACCAUCAGAAACUGGCCAGAUUCACAUGGUCAUCAGCAUAACCACAAAGUACAGCCAUACAGAUGUGUUGUGGGUCCAUUUGAGAGUGAUGCUCUUUUAGUCCCUCAACAUUGCCACUUCUAUCAUGAACACAAUCAGUGUGACACAUACAAGAAGUGGGGUGACUGGGCCACAUCAGACUGUGUGGCCAAGGGAAUGAGGAUCGACAGCUUCUCCAUGCUGCUGGACUGUGACAUUGACAGGUUUGCUGGGGUGGAGUAUGUCUGCUGUCCCAAGGAGAAAAAGGCCAUUGACAAAGCAGUCACAUUAAAACCAGUGAAAGAGCAAACAGAGCACAUCACAAUAGAUGACACAUAUGAUGCAUAUAUUGCAUAUCUCAGAGGUGAUGAAAAAUUUCUCAAAAAAUUUGGCAAUGAGCACAGCAAGUUUUUAGCUGCUAUGAAGGCCAUGAACAUGCGCCACCACGGGAGAAUUACCAAGAUGAUGAAAGAAUGGCAGACAGCCAGGAAACAUGUCAACAAUAUGAAGAAGACAAAUCCCAAAGCUGCUGACAAACUCAACAAGAACAUCCUACAGCGAUUCCAGAAGUUGUACAACAGCUACCAGCAGUCCGACGCUGCGGAGAAGAAGCAGUUAGUGGCUCUCCACCUCCAACACAGACAGGGAGAACUGAACAGUAAAAAGAGGAAGGAGUUAGAGGCCUACAUGGGGGAACUCCAGAAGAGCCAUGUCAAGUCUGGUGCUGUGAUGAAGCAUUUAGAGCACUACAUUCGUGUGGAAGAGAAGGAUCGUUUACACUCACUGAAUCAUUUCACUCAUGUUAAAAAGACAAACCCAGAGGAAGCCAAGCUUAUCCAGUCACAGGUCAUUGAACACAUGAAGGUCAUUGAUGAGCGCAUCAAGCAGAGUCUGGAUAUGCUUCAUCACUUCCCCAAGGUGGAGAACAAACUGAAGCCACAGAUAGAUAAAUUCAUGAAGCACUACAGUGGUUUAGCAGAGAGUGCCAAGAACAUUGUGAUGAGACCCAUAACUGUACAGGAGAAGAAAGAGUCCAAUAAAGUGACCUGGAGUGACAAAGUGACCUUGGAUGAUGAGAACGAUGAUGGUGACCUGUCUGAUCAUCUGGAAGAAGUCAAGAAAACUCCGAUUGUGGAAGAUGAUGGACUCAGUCCCCGAAUUGAGCUUGACCAGCAUGAGGAAAACAAGGUCUUCAUCUCUCAUCGUGAAAAUGACCAAGCCAGUUUCAGUCGGGGAAGUUAUUCUUCACAAGUUGCAACUUCCACAAGCAGUGUUUUCGGAAUUGCCAUCGGAAGUGUAGCAGUAUUUGUCAUUAUUAUUGUUGCUAUUGUCAUGUUGCGGAAGCGCUCCCAUAGACACGCAGUCACUCAUGGAUUUGCUGAAAUGGAUCCAGCAGCCUCGCCAGAAGAACGUCAUGUGGCUAAAAUGCAGAUGAAUGGUUAUGAAAAUCCUACCUACAAAUACUUUGAACUGAAUACCAAUGUCAAGAAAUAAAAACCUCAGAAACUGUUCCAAAAACUUACAAAUUUAUAAACAAAUUCAUUCCACUGAGUGUAACUCUUAUUUGCAGGGUGAAGCCUUUACUGUUGUGAACAAAAACUGUGAUUUCAUUGAUAAGAUGGUGAUUGUAUGAAAUUUGGAUAACAUACUCAUUACAAAGUAAAUAACAGGUUAUAAUCUACAAAAUUAAAAGACAAGGUAGUGAUUGUACAGAUGUAUUUAUUAUACAGUGUUUGUAUAUAACACCACUUUGCAUUAUAUGUGUCCCUAAUCAUUCUUUGUUAAUGUAGAAUAUCAUUGUAAAUGGAACUUUUUGUAGCAUUUGAAUGAUUCUGUACUGUAGCCACUGUACCACUACUUAUAAACCAUGUAAGUAUUUGUAACUAUACCAUUUAUUCAUUUGUGUUGUCCUGAAGUGGAAACCAUUCCAUACCGAGAUGUGGAGAUUUAGAGUCUCACAAAGAUCCCCUAAAGCAAUAAUUGAGAACAAGAAUCAUGGGGAAGAAAGAAUUAAGUUAGUAAUCAUCAAUUAGAAUUGUAGGGUUGGGAUAAAGAAUGCACACCAAUUCAUAACCUUGAUAAUAUUGGAACUGUGUAUAGACUGCUUUUUUAGCUGAUGGUGUUUUAUUGUUUUAUAUUUUUAAAAUGUCUUCAUAAGAUGAUAUGAAUUUCAUAAUACAUGUCUAACAUUUUUAUGUGCAGUUGUUGUGAAAUGCUUUUUUGUUAUAUUUGCAGUUUUUAAUUUUUUAAUUUUUUUUUUUUUCGACACUUGAGCAGGCAUUAUUUUUUUUUUUAGACAAGAUUUAUAUAUUUAUGAUUGCAUAAUUAGGGAAUCCAAAAUUUAGUCAAAUGAAAAUGUACUUACAAUUUUUUUAACUUUCUUAAUUAUAUAAAAUUCAAAGAAUUGUAGUCAAAACCAAAGACGUAGCUUAAAAUCACAUACCUUACUCAAUGUAUUCGCCAUUCAAAUAUGAGCUUGCUUUGGCAUAUACUAGUUAAACAAGUUUCUAUAAGAAAAACUCUCAUUGAUGUUAUAGUCUCUUUCUUUUAGUAUAAACUGCUGCUCUGAUCACUCUGUUUAAUAUAUUGUGAUCCCAUUGAGGUAGUUUGUAGAGAAAAUUCGGAUUGCAUUCUUUUCUAGAAAUUAUCUCUGUACUGUGUGGAAGAGAUUAUGAUCAUCAUGCUGCUAAAUUUUGUAUGAGUGUACAAGCUUUCUUUACCAGAAGAUUCCAUCUUUACUGCCUUUUCCUUCCAGUAAACCAAGUCUGAACCUCUCUUCCUCUACCAAGAAAUCUGUUCUUUGAAAACUUCCCGGCCAGUAGCUUGAUGGUUGUAUUGUGACUUCAUGUAAUGUUUAAUACUGUGACCUCUAUCAUUUUAUAAAUAAAACUGUACACUCAUUUA